AUGACGCUUCCCAGCAAAUUCCUUUUUUGGUUUGGCUGCUUUUCCUGGCUGGGUUUUCCCAUUAGCCUAAGUUCUCAGGCUUCUAGGGAAGAAGCUCAGAUUGCAACUAGUGCUGAGUUGGAAUCCGAGGCUGAACCUUGGUCCUUGCCGCAGCUGCCAGGUGGGAGAGGCCGAUCGGGCCUCCUCUCCCCUCUCUUCAAAGUUCUGUGUGAUGGAUCAGGCGGGGCCUCGGGGCUGCAGGCAGACUCCGGAGCUUUGCGCUAUAUGAAGAGGCUCUAUAAGGUAUAUGCUACCAAGGAGGGGAUCCCCAAAUCCAACAGAAGUCACCUGUACAACACUGUUCGGCUCUUCACCCCUUCCAUCCAGCACAAGCAGGCCUCUGUGGACCAGGCGACAGGAGCCGUGCAGUCAGUGGGCCUGCAGUUCAACCUGGAUCGCGUUACGGCCGUGGAGCACCCCCUCAAGUCAGUCCUGCUGUACACUGUCAGCGACUCGGCGUCUUUCCCCUCUGCUGCACAGUGCAUGUGCCACCUGGUGUGGACGGAGCCGGAGCCUUCCAGCCAGAUGCUCCCUAGGCCUCCACACUCCUUCUCCUUCGAAUCACAGCCUAAAUCCAGAAAGAAAUACAAAUGGGUUGAGGUUGAUGUGACCCCUCUGCUUCAGCCUCUGGUGGCCUCCGCCAAGAGGAGUAUUCAGGUGUCUGUGAAUUUUACAUGUGUGAGAGACCAGCUGCAGCCCCCUUCAGCACGGGACAGUCCCAUCAGCCUUGUCCCCCCCUCAUUGCUCCUGUAUCUGAACGACAGGAGUGCUCACGCUUACCAUGGGUGGUAUUCCCUCCACAACAAAGGGAGCCCUCUCCAGGGUCCUGGCCAGAGAGGUCCAUCUGCCUGUCCCCCGGGAGGAGGGGCUGCCAGGGCAGUAAGGUCCCGUCACCGGAGAGGUGAGGACACUGUCAGCUCAGAAUUGCAGAAGCCUCUGGGUCCAGCUGCUUUCAAUCUGAGUGAAUACUUCAAACAGUUUCUUUUUCCUCAAAAUGAGUGUGAGCUCCAUGACUUUAGACUUAGCUUUAGUCAGCUGAAGUGGGACAGCUGGAUCGUGGCCCCACACAGGUAUAACCCCCGGUACUGUAAAGGGGACUGUCCCAGGGCCGUCGGGCAGCGCUACGGCUCUCCGGUUCACACCAUGGUGCAGAACAUCAUCUACGAGAAGCAGCUCGACGACUCCGUGCCGAGGCCGUCGUGCGUCCCGGCCCAGUACAGCCCCUUGAGCGUGCUGACCGUGGAGCCCGACGGCUCCAUCGCGUACAAGGAGUACGAAGAUAUGAUAGCCACUAAGUGCACCUGUCGUUAGCGUGCGGCCCUCCAGGCCGAAACACUGAGCCUUUUGGACAGAGCGAAUGCCUACCUGUGCCGUGAGGAUAAAGCUUCACGGGUCAAAUUGCUAAAUAUACUGCAGUGUGUCUUGUACGAGGAGGAACCCAUGUAGGUGGGCACAGCCUGCGGCGCCUAUCGGUGUAAAGGGUUAACCUGUGCUUUUCAGUUGCAAAUAUGAACGCAGUUAUUUUGGAGAGCUUUCACGUUCCCUAAGCAAUUUUCUUGUAGGAGUAUUUUUUUUUUUUGAUGUUAAGGAAACUUCAUUAGCAUUAAUCUUGGGUAGACUUGUGCUCCAAAUAGACAAUUGCGAGUUGGGGGAAUCUUAUUUAAUGGGAGAAUAAAGUCUUGUC